CUGAAACUAAAAGGACGGGGCUCCAUCAAUCUAGACUACAUGUCUAAAAGAUGGGGGCUCCAGCAAUUGCACCCCAAACCAAGCCUUUGCUUUGGGUUCGUUCCUUGGGGUUUCAUGUCGAGGGUUCAGGUUGAUGGAUCAUUCGGAAGCUUUUUUGAAAUAUCUUGUCCACGAUUGGAAUUUGAAAUGUGACCUUUCGCAAGAGCCAACGAAAGAAUGUGCCAUUGCUAGCAAGCACACACAAAGGAAGAUCUCCCCCCACCCGUCUCCUCGUCAUCAUCUAUCUUUGUCUUGCACCAAAAAAGUUAAUAAAGGACAAUGGUGUUUGCUGCUUUGAUUCGAGCUAUUCUGCAUGGCAACUGUUGCUGCUGCAGCAGUAAAUACAAGAUCGUCACGUUGGAUCCGUUCUAUGAACCCGAAGACAAGGACAAACGGCGAGAACGCCGCCGAGAAGAACUGAACAUUUGGUUGACCAGUACUGCCGAUGACUUGGAUUUGGUGGCCGAUUGGUGGUUCUUCAUCGACACUUACAACAAUAGUGGUCUGGAAUCCUUGGGGCAAGAUCCUCUGAUUUUGGCGCUGUUCAUCUUCAGUUGCUUGGGGUCCUUCACGUGGCUUUUAGAAUUGGUCAAUCUGGCCAGUGUUCGUCGAACGGACUGGGUAUGGCUUCCCGUUGCGAUUCUGGUGCUGGAGGAUAUUCCCCAAGUUGUCCUGACUCUGUUCCUACAAACCAGACAGAACCGAUUUGACAACAUUUCCAAUCUCGGACUUUUCAAUGUCAUGACAUCUCUGUAUUCUCUGUCCAUUCGCUUGGCCAGUGAGGUCUUUCUGAACUCCUGCUAUGGUUGCGAGAGGAUGGAACCCGAUGAGACGGCCACAGGAGAUGACGACGAAGACAUCGAAAAGGUGGUGUACUGGAAGAAACCGUAGGUACGGGUGGCAAGCCAUGUUAUACUCUGGCAUGGAGGCAAUUAUAAGGGACAAUGACGGAAAAAGCAUGCAACCGUCGUACUGUAUGUGAGUUAACCAGAGCGCAAUUCCGACCCUAACUAUUACGUUUAUUAAGUAAUAAGUGGUGCGCUUAUACAUGCUUGGCUU